UCUCUCUCUCUCUCUCUCUCUUUACCUCGCCUCUCUUCUUCGCACCUCGCCAUGUCUGCUGGCUCUGAGAAGCGGCCCGCCACUGGCGCCGCGGCCCCCGAGGAUCGUGACUCGAAGCGCAGCCGCCCGGCUGACAAUCCGAAUGAGGCCGUCGUCAUGAUGCCGACCGGCGCCACCAAUGACUGGCUCGAAGUGGAGGCCCUUCUCGCCGAGGCCCUGAAGGAGAAAGAGAACCACAAUGCCGUGCGCUUUGCGGCCCUGCUCCAGGGCACGAUUCACGAGUGCCAGCGCCUGCUGCGGGCCUUCCCUCGGACCUCGGCGGCGCGGGUGCGCGUGGCGGUCGGCGACAAUGGCCAGCCCCUUCGAGAUGCCGAGGUCCUGAAGCAGGCCUUCCUGGCGAGCCCGGGCGGCGUGUUCCGUGUCUUUGGCGAUGCCCUGCGCGAGUAUGCCUACCUGCACCACCUGUACCCGAAUGAGGCGAUGCUGCAUGCCGGGGCGGCGGGGGGCGACGCGCCGGCCGAGGAGACCACGGUCAACUACCUGCUGGCGGCCAUGCAAUGCUAUGAGCUGGGUCUGGCGCAGACCGGUGACGCCGGGCUGCGGGCCCUGCUGCCCGAGCUGCCGGUGUCCUUCUUCGGCGCGGAGCUGGACCUGUCCACGGCCGACGCGCUGGAUGAGGGCCCGUUGGCGGCGGCGGCGGCGGCGGCGGCGGCGGCGGCGGCGGCGGAGACUGUCGCCGCCUCGGAGUCCGAUGCCGCUGAGGAUCGUCUCUGGCGCGACAUGCAUGCCCUGCAUCUGGCUCUGUCGGCGGCGGCGGCCUCGAGCGAGGCAUCGGCCCUGAUGUUCGCCGAGGAGUAUGACGCGUUCAACGAGCAGGCCGGGGCGGCCUCCGACGGUGCGCCCCGGGCGCCCACCUUCCCCCUGGGCAAUGCCUUGUGUGAUCGUGCGCAGGCCAUCGUCAAUGGCCCCUUCCAUGUGGAGUACUUCUGGCUGGUACGCAAGCUGGUGGAGUACAUCGGCCGGGUGCACGACACGCACGAGGCCUUCAUCCAAAUGGAGGACGAAGACACCGAGGCCACUCCCGGGUCGCCGGGUGCUGCCGGCGCCCGUGUCAGUGAGCUCUGCUGCCAGCUGGCCGAGUGGCUGAUCUGCAAGGCCAUCCGCAUCAUCAAGCACGCUCUCAAGCGGGCCUUGACCAACCGCGAUCUCACCCCGGAGGACAUGGCCGACAUCUAUGUGUGGCUGUCCGAGGCCUACCUCCUGCGCAUGGAUGCCGACCGUGCCCUGCUGGCCAUGACCAAGGCCCGGGGCUUCCGCCCGAACUUGGACGAGGCGCUGUUUGACCUGAUCACCGAGCAGAAGGCCGCCAAUGAGGCCGAGGGCCUGACCGAGGACUUCGAGGAUGUGGCCGACAGUUCGGCCAACGGCUUCGACGAUGAAAGCGACCCGCACUUGCUGCCGCUCGACCAGCCGGAGCGCCGAUGCACCGACACCAACCUCUUCUUCAAGGCCGACUAG